AUGACGCAUAACAUCGCCGCCCUCCGUCACUUUGAGCUAUUCUACCUUUUUUUUUUAUUAUUUUUAGUUUGAGUUCAGUUGUCGUAGUGUAAAGUUGAAGAUUUCUUUUAUUUUUAUCGCGUACAAAAAAACAAAACAAUAAUGCCUGCUCUAGAAGAAAUUCCCAAAACAAAUGGUCAACCAAUAACUCAACUAUUUGACAAUGAACUACAACAUCCUCCACCACAAGAACAACCUCCACGAGAAAGAACUCAAACAGAUGUGCUCAACAAUCGUCUAUUGAAAUCGCUAUUGAAUCAUAUGAAUACAACAAAUAAUGAUAGUGGAGCAGGCAGUAGCAGCAGUUCCAAUCAAACUCAAGACGAUUCAUCACAACCAUCAACUAGUGGUGAAUUUGAUGAAUAAACAAUAAAUAUUUGUUGAUUAAUAUCUUUCUUUUUUUUUUCUUUGUACUACUUUUGCCUUAAAUAAAUACCUACUUUUAUUUCUGAUAAUUGAAAUUAUAA